AACACGUGCGUAAAUUAUUAGUGAGGUUUGUUUAGAAUAUAUUUCGUAUGUCAGAACUUUAUUAUAAGAAAACAUAAACAUGGCGACCGUUGUUACUGCGAAUCCUGUUGUUAUGGCCACGCCUAAUGCUCAAAGUGAGAACAAACUUUAUUCGAAAGAAUUUAAAAUUGUUGGGGCGAUGCAAAUAAUGCUUGGAACUUUAUCCAUCACCACCUGGAUAUAUGCAUUGGUGUUCGCUGUGUCAGGACCGGUGUUUGAUAAUUUUGCUUAUAUUUCCGCGGGUGUUUGGUGCGGAAUAUUUUUUCUGAUCGCGGGGAUUCUCGCAACAGUUUCAUCGGUGAAACCAAACAAAUGUAAAGUUGUUGCAGGAAUGGUGAUGGCGAUAUUCGCCGCCAUAUUUGCAGCUACAAUGUUUGGUAUAGAAACCGCUGGCGCUGCGUUGACAAGUGGUCCCUUGUCUUCAGUUUAUGGAUACUAUGGAUACUACAGCACAUACUACUCAUGUACACCUUACUACCAAUCAUCUUACUACAAGAGUGGCACAUAUAUACCAUACUGUAGCAGCCCACUCAGAUCUUCAACAUAUAUUUCAUCAGUGUACAUUCCAAGCAAAUAUUUAUCUUGCCCGUCUAGGUACAGCUACAUAUACAGAUCCAACACCGGUAUUACAACCCUCCAUGGCUUCAUGGCCUUCUUCGCCUUCGCUGAGCUCGUGGUAGCAAUCGUGCACUCAGUUUACUGCUGUAAAUUCAGCCAAACAUCAAACAUGCCACCACAGACAGCAACCGUGAUCCAAUACACAAACCAGUAUCCACAACAACUACAACAGCAACAACAACAACAGCAACAACAACAACAAAACUUUGGAGUUCCACAGCAGAUGCCGGUAACCAGUAUAAGUCACCAAGUUCCACCAGCUUACACAAACGUUUUGGGACCGCAAAUGUUUCCUACCCAGCCAGCCAUUCAACAAUAUCAGCAACAGCAACCUACAACUACAAGCACUACUGACUACAGGAAUAAACCACUCCCACCAAACAAACCAAACAACGAGGCAUAAGAUCAUCGUAUCCUUAUGUAACAAACCAAACAAUAGUUGACUCAUUUAGAUUUAUAACUUUAACCAGACAUCUACUAUUGGGAAACCUAGGUUUAAGUCCAAUAUGAUAUAAAUAUAUUUUAUAGUUUGUACCCCAGCACACACCUAGAUAUAUUGCCAUGUAAAUAUUGUUUAUAUUAGUUGGGGUAAGAUGGUCCAUGUUUUUUGCUCCUUUACCGCCCUAUUUGGUAGUUAAAAAAAAAAAUUUACAAAGAUAAUUGUUAAAAAAAUGAUAAGUGAAUUUGGGAUAAUAGGUUUUAACGUUGUCCUUCUGUCCCACAAUACUUUACUGUAAUACCUUAUGGCUUCUAUUUAUGUUAAACGUCAUCAACGUUUCCGGAAAUGUCAUAUUUGUUCUAUUGUUAAAAUGUAAACAUGUUUUGUAGAAGAUGUCUUAAACGAGUCAUCCCAUUGCUUGUAUUUACAUUUGAACCGUAGGCAGAAUAUUAUCAUGUUAUAUACGGUAUCUUGUGCCCUGUACACUGCGCGUAAUGCAUCUAGUACGUAAUCGAGUAAUUUAGUAGACUGGGAAAAGAUUGUACACCUUUUCAUUCCAUUUUCUCGUCUCAUUUGCUAGUAAACAAAGAACAUUCAAAGAAAUAUAAAACCGUAUCCUCACAUCUCCCAUAGACCGUUGUUAAUUGUUUAAAACACGAUAAGGUUAUUUGGAUUUUAUGUGCUAAAGGUGUCCAAUCUCACGCCACAGUAGUGUAUUAUGAAUGUUGUAUGAAUCCCGCUGUUUGCGUUAUAGCGCUUGCGUAGCUUUUAUAAACCUGCCAUGUAUAUACA